AGUCCACACUCUCUCGCAGCGGCGGAGCUCAGCCGCUCGCCUAGCUUCCUGCUUCCCCCCCCCCCCCCCCCCCCCACCUCGCCGCCUCCGCCUCCUCGAUCGGUUCCGCCGCCCCGCGGCGGCCAUAUUCUCGGCUACGCCACCGCCGCAUCCGCAACUCCGGGAUGGCUCUCCACGCCGCGCCGCCGCCGCCGCCGCCCUUCACCGCGGGCCGGCUCCCCACCACCUCACGUCGUCCCUGCUUCAGCGCCGGCCGCAUCUUCCGCUGCUCCCUCCCCGCCGCGGCCGCGCGGCCCCGCAACGCCGCGUUCCUCGCGCCGCUCCGGACGUCAUCCGCAGUUUGUACCAAAGCAGUUUCAAACAGUGAUGGCACCCCUGGAACAAGCAGUUCUCCACAUGUGGUGUGCUUUGGAGAAUUGCUCAUUGACUUCGUCCCAACUGUCAAUGGUGUAUCAUUAGCAGAAGCGUCAGCCUUCAAGAAGGCUCCAGGGGGCGCACCUGCUAAUGUUGCAGUUGGAAUUGCUCGUCUUGGUGGGUCAUCGGCUUUCAUUGGAAAGGUUGGCGAUGAUGAAUUUGGUUACAUGCUAGCUGACAUACUGAAGGAAAAUAAUGUAAACAAUCAAGGAUUGCUAUUUGAUGCGCAUGCUAGAACAGCUUUGGCAUUUGUGACACUCCGAAAUGAUGGUGAACGUGAAUUUAUGUUUUAUCGCAAUCCAAGUGCAGAUAUGCUGCUUGAAGAAAAGGAACUUGACCUUGAUCUUAUCAGAAAGGCAAAAAUCUUCCACCAUGGCUCGAUAAGUCUUAUAACUGAACCAUGUAAAACUGCACAUAUUGCAGCUGCCAAAGCUGCUAAAGAUGCUGGGGUGCUAAUUUCGUAUGAUCCGAAUUUGAGGCUCCCACUGUGGUCAUCAGCUGAUGAUGCUAGAGAUGGUAUACUGAGCAUAUGGGAAACUGCUGAUGUUAUCAAGAUUAGUGAAGAGGAGGUUUCCUUUUUGACGAAAGGGGAGGAUCCAUAUGAUGAUUCUGUAAUAAAAAAACUCAUGCACCCAAAUCUGAAACUGCUUCUUGUCACUGAAGGUCCAGAAGGUUGUAGAUAUUAUUCUAAGGAAUUUAAUGGGAGAGUUGGUGGACUUAAGGUGAAUGCUGUUGACACCACUGGUGCUGGAGAUGCCUUUGUUGCUGGAAUACUAUCCCAGCUAUCUGUUGAUUUUUCACUGCUGCAGGAUGAAGGCCGAUUGAAAGAAGCUCUAAAGUUUGCAAAUGUCUGUGGGGCUCUCACUGUGACAGAGAGAGGAGCCAUCCCGGCAUUGCCCACUCGACAGCAAGUGGUUGAUGCCCUAACAAAGGUUGUUGCUUAAAAAUGUAACUUAUCUUAUUUCUCGUGUAAAUCAAAUUGUGAAAAAGGCCUCGCAGCACCACGUUGUUAGAAUAGGUUUAUUUGUUCGUGCAAUUUGGUGUGAAUACUCAUGGCGCCUUGGUGAUGUGUCAACUGUCAACCGUGGCUUCCAGCCAACCAAAAUAAUCAGGUGCAAGAGGCUAUGAAAAUUGGAUUUUGAGCUAUAGAGCUACUACACACGACUUCAAAUUAAUGACGAUAAUUUACUGUGAUCAAUACCCAGUGCGGCAAUUUGAGGUGAAA